CUCCGAUUCAGGGGCUGUUCUGGGCUAGAAGUCAUUCAGUCUGAAGAGGCCGGCCAGUCCACAGGUGAACCUCAACACAUCAUAAACUCUCUCAAGUGCCUAACACUCCACGACUUGACGCGCUACCACGCACAUCUCCUACAAACAGUUUUUAUUGAGUUAGUUAUAAAACAUCGUACACAAUUUGAUCACUUUAAAUGUUAAUAGUUUAUCAAAAUUCAUAAACAGACAUUAUUUUUAAGAAAGUGACAGUUUUCAUUAGAACUCCAAAACUUCAACCAGUGUGAUAAUUAUCUUUAAGAAAGUUCUGAAGGAUCUUAUUGAAAGAUCCAAAAUAGUCAUAUUCUAAAGAUUCUAUAAACUUUUUUAAAAAUAUAGUUGUCCUCCACGUUUAACUGGCUCACAGAGACUGAUUUUUCAAUAAAAUAAACUAUUAAUUCACGAAGCUUCUGAAACAUAAUUUACUUGAACUGAACAUUCUUAUUGGCUUCAAUUUCCUAGGAAUCUAGGAUCAUUCGACCACAUACGCGAUGACUUCAGUUUUCAUUGACUCUUUGUGACCUCCAAUAAGUACGUGUUGUGAACCAAAAUUAUACCGAAUAUUUGUGAAAUCAAAGUUGUACAAAGUUGUGAAAUCUAGACUUAUAUUCAACAGCAAAAUGGUGAUGGCAACCAAGGAAUCAUCAAUCUUUCGCCCGUGGGCUACAAGUGUUAGGGAAUUGAAAAAGGAGUCUUUGAAGGAAGAAUCAAGGAGUCCAGUCGAGGCCGAGGAUGUCAGCAGUCAGCAGUCGUCGCUAGCAGCCGAUCAGCUGUGGUAUCAGCAUGCUGAUAGCGACAACAGCAGCAGAUUGCAGGGACAUAUUGAUAGCGAAAACAUCAGCAGGUUGCAGGGACAUGUUGAUAGCCGAUUGCAGGCACAUGUUGAUACCGACGACAAUAUCAGCAGGUUGCACAGUCAUGUUGAUAGUGACGACAUCAGAAGAUUGCAGGGACAUGUUGAUAGCGAAAACAUCAGCAGGUUGCAGGGACAUGUUGACAGUGACAUCAGCAUGUUGCAGGGACAUGCUGCGUUUCUACCGCCCGUUUUCGACCCCUACUGGAGUGCUCUGGCUGCUGAGAUCUACCCACCGCAGGCCGCUAAAGGCAAGCAGCGUCCCAAGAAGUUCCGCUGCCCGCAUUGCCAGGUCGGCUUCAGCAACAACGGACAGCUCAAGGGACACGUUCGAAUUCAUACUGGUGAACGGCCAUUCAAAUGCGAGGCUGAGGGAUGCGGAAAGAAGUUCACACGCAACGAGGAGCUGACGAGACACAAGCGGAUUCACACCGGACAAAGGCCCUUCUCGUGUCAGACGUGCGGAAAGAGGUUCGGCAGAAAGGAUCACCUCAAAAAACACAUCAGAACUCACAUGCCUCAGCCCAUACCGCUGCCCAUAGCGCUCUAUCCCUAUCUCUACCCCUACUGUCAAUGAUAGCAGCUAAUCACUGUUCAGAUUUGCGUUCUAGUCCGUGCUAAGGAGAUGAUGGGAUUCAUGAAAUUCAAGGUAAAUAUGGUUCUACUAACUCAGAAUUUUGGGCUGGAAAUCAUUGUAACAUCCUCUAUUGAUAUUAAGUAAAUGUGAUUUGUCUUCUUCUUCUGACUUCCACGGUAUAGGCAUGGUCUUUUAAAGAUCCGGUCUUUAAAAUAGCCUUGGAAAUUAAAUGAUUUGUCACUAGAAUAUGAAAAUUUGAAUACCAAUUUUAAUUCUGCUUUAUUUUUGUACUCAUUUUUCGGAGAUUAGAGUGUACAUUCAUUCAGGUUAGAGUUUUCACGAAACGGCUGAAUUGAAUUAGUAUUAUGUACGAGUAAUUAAAUUAAUUGAAAAGAAAUCUAGAUCGUGUUUCCAGCUGAAUAGGUCAAAAGCAUAAUUUUCCUGGUCAGAAAUUCGAAUAAAAUCAAUUCAAAUUCUUCAUUUACACGUUGUUGUACAAAACGUUAUUUGUAUCAAAUAGUGUAGCCUAGCGUCAAAGUAUAGAAUCAAAACAUAAAACACGUAUGCUAUACAGUAGGCCAUUACAUCAUUCAUGUAUAAUGAGUAUAAUUUGAAUUCUUUUAUUAUUGUAAGAUGGUAUAUUAUUGUUCAGAUUGUUCAGAUCGUCUAGAGCCAGAAUUAUUGAAAAAUAAGAAAGCUUAAAAAUUUAUAUCAACAAUAGUAUAGCUUGUGCAAAAUAAAUGUGUAACUCUUCAAUUAUUUGGAAUUCGCCUCAUUUUUUUCAAGAGAUACUGAAUGUUCAUUUCUAUUUGUCUAUGAUAAAAAGUCUCGUAAAUUCGCAGGAACCAUAAUUAUUAUUUUGUGUAGCAGAUAGCUUCGUUUGCCACCCAGCCAAUAAUUGUGUACCUACAAUUGAAUGUUUACGAUAUUCUCUAUUAUCAUAUUAUGUGAAAUACAUUCAAUGGUAUUCAAGCUUCCCAAGAUUCAUGGAUAUUCUAUAUUGUAGGAUAGUUCUAUUUGUCAUUGUAGGCUAUAGAUUUCAAAACAUGUGUGCUUUUUCCUUUAUAAUUACGUUUAUGGAUAAUUUCUUUGUAAUAUUAGUAUGAUGCUUGAAAAUGUAGUAUGACCACAGUAUUUUACCCAAUAAAAAAGCAGUUGAGACUUUUGUAAAUUAGUAAAUAUGUUAGCUUUAUCUUAGAAUUACCUCUUGUGAUAUUAUUGUAAACACAUUGUAAAUAAGUGAUUUUGAGUAGCCAUGUACUGUGUAUAAUAGUUAUCAUCAAUGGCUAUGAUAAAGAAUUUCAUGUCACAAUCUAUUGGCAUAUAUCAUACCCACCUCUAAUACAGGUAGGCCUAUUAGAGGUGGCUAUGCAGAUAUGAAUUAUAAAGAUUGUGGAGUAGUCUAAAGUUAGCCUCCAUAGUGACAACCUUCCGCAAGAAUGGAAAAAACGAGUUAUGUAUUUGGCCCAUUUAUUCGAGAACUAUGAUUAUUCAAGAUUUAUAAUUUCAAGAACUGUAUCAGUACAGCUUAAUACAAAUUAUUCUAAUGUUAGCGUAAAUUGAUUUCAAUUUUGUAAGCAUGUAACACACCAUCUAUCAGCCUAUCAUGUUAGCAUCUACUCUACACAAUAAAAAAAUGAUCAAUUAGGCUGCUUUUAGGACACCGUUUGUGAAUAGUCUCAUCUAAGUAAAAAAUAUUCAUUUACAGAAUGUCUUAACUAGUCAAAGAAAUGAUGAUAAAUUACAUCGAAAACCAAAACCCUCUCAGACUUUUCCUACAGCUCCUUGGAACUAUUCUGUUCCUCUAAAAUUCAAAUUUCUUCUGAUGUUCAAUGAUGCAAACUGUAUGUGCCAGUAAAUUUCUGUGAUUGUUAAUAGAUUUUCUGAACUAUUUUUGUACUAUUUUCCGUUGAAACUAUUAGAAUUAUUUUGUAAAAUGUAUUGUAUGAAUUUUAAUGACUGAAAUGCUCAAAAAGACUAUUGAUUACUAUAAGUUGAGUUCCUGUAAAUAUUACCUAUUUUUGUGUGUAUAGCAUAUUUUAAUAAAGAUGUUUGG